UACAGUGUAACAUUCCAAGCGUAAGUUUAAARUUACGUGUUUUACACGACUUUAUUACUCACUUUACCAACCAAUGCGAGCCCAAAACACCUAGAAAGGGCCUCCAUACAAGAGAUCAAAAAAUAAUGUCUCACAAAGGAGGGAAAAAAGGUUCUCUACCGMGAAAAGGAAAGCAYUGGUCCCACAGCGUCCGCGAAAUUGURCUCUGCAAAAACGAUGGUAGCUUUAAUCUCAAGAUCGACGGCGGUGCAGAGAACGGAGAGUUCAUCUACAUCGGUGGAAUAAAAGAGAAAAAAGUGAAAUACAAAAAGGGAAAAUUCCAUGUUGAUGACAUUGUGUUAGAAGUUAAUGGGAGCUCAGUAGCUGGGUUUACAAGGCCGGAUUUUCUAACGCUUAUCAACAARGAUGGCAAGGACGCGGUGAAUAUGCGUGUUGUAAAACCAGGAGGUGGUAUUAUGAAAGAGCUGCGAGAAUAUUUAGCUUUGAGACUUAAGGAUUCACCGGACAAUGGACUUCAACAAACUAUCAGAGACAAUCUUUAUCGGAGGACUGUWCCUUGUACUACAAGAUAUCCAAGAGAGGGUGAGGUUCCUGGUGUUGACUAUGUAUUCCUGAGUAUGGAUGAAUUCCGUGAUAUGGAGAGAAGAGGAGCAUUUAUAGAGACAGGAAACUAUGAAGGMAACUUGUAUGGUACUCCAAAGCCUCCUAAAAUGCCCACAUCAACUCUUCAGUCAAUGCCAAAGCCUGAGAAUAAGCCAAAACGUCCCAAGUCAGUCAAUCUUAUGGAUCCUACAUUUGUGCCAGAGCAGCUGGGGUAUAAUGAGGAGAAUGCAAACUACCUUGGWCCAUUGCCUCCAGACUGGGAAGUAGGUUAUACAGAAGAAAACGAGAAGUAUUUCAUCAAUCAUAGAACUGGCACCACACAGUGGACUGAUCCUAGACUUGGAAAGAAAGAAAAGCAUGAUGAAUUCAUUGAUGAAGCAUUGAAGGCAGAAACUUUGAAGGGGAAUUAAUAAGGACAUCACUGUUUAAAGGAUCCAGAGGUUUUGGGUUCACCAUUAUUGGCGGCGACGAACCUGGCGAGCUUCUGCAGAUAAAGAGUAUUGUACCAGAUGGCGCUGCAGCUAAAGAUGGGAGACUAAGAGUUGGAGAUGCUUUAGUUAGGCUGAAUGGACGGCCAGUUGUCCACAAGACCCAUCAAGAGGUUGUUGGAAUGUUCCAGCAUAUGCCACAUGGGGAAGAUGUAGAACUYGAGAUGAUCCGUGGGUAUCCACUUCCGUUUGAUCCAGAUGAUCCCAAUGUGGAAACCAUUGGGUCRUAUACUGUUGUCCGAUCACCCUCAGGUAGACCACAAUCCCCUGGGGGAUAUAACCAUGAUGGGCUCUUACCCCCUUCAACAAAGUUUGGUUUUGGCAAGUCGGCCUCUGACCAGAGUUUGUCGUCAAGUAAUUCAGCAGCAAGACAGCAACAAGGAGUUGUCGGAGGCAAAGAAGAACAAACACAGGCUUCCAUAGGGACUGUAGUACCUGGGAGUCCAGCAGACGAAGCCAACCUCCAGCGCGAUGACAUCAUAGUGCACGUGAAUGACAAGAAUGUGAUUGGCUCAAGCCACCAUCACGUGAUCUCACUUAUUCAUGAAGCAGCAGAUAGUGGGUUUGUUACGCUUGGAAUUCAAAGGGCUGGAUCGCGGUCAGGGCGGUCCACUCCAACCCGACGUACCUCGGGCUCUAGUCAGAGUCGUCUCGGGUCUCGUUCAGCGGGAGACUUAACAUACUAUGGCGUCAGGAACGAGGAUGAUAGAGGCUACAARCAUCCACCYGGCCGAGACCGACGCCGCAGUGAGUCAGACAAGAGAGAACCAGACAUUCCUAUGAAAUAUCAAGAAAUUAGAUUGACGCGUGGUCCAACCGAAGGCUUUGGAUUUGUAGUGGCCUCGUCACAAGAAACUGGAUCGACUAUUGGUCAACCUUAUCAAGAGCUCAGGAACAACUGUUGAUCUUACAAUCGCUUCGAAACCGCCAUUAGACUACGAGAAUGACGACCGCUAUUACAGAGGCGGAAACAGGGCAAGAGGCAAUGGCUACGUAUCAGAUGGGGAUUUCUAUUCCCGAAAGAGAGACGAAUUUAGCAGAAUGGAAGAGGAAGAAGCAUAUGAAAGAGAGCGUCAGCGGCGCGAACGAGAAGAGAAGCGAAUUCAAGAAGAACGAAGAAGGGAAGACGAGCGCCGUGAAGCAGAAAGGCGAGAAGAAGAGCGAAGGAAGGAGGAGGAAAUAAGACGCGAAGAAGAACGAAAAAGGGAAGAAGAAAGGAGAAGAGAAGAGGAGCGAAAACGAGAAGAAGAAAAGAGAAGAGAAGAUGAAAGAAGACUUGAAGAAGAGCGUARGAAAGAGGAAGAAAAGCGACGUCUUGAAGAUCAACGGCGCGAAGAUGAAAGACGAUGGGCUCAAGAACGCGAAGAAGACCGCCGAUGGGACGCUGAGCGCAGACGAACUAUGGAGAGAAAACGUUAUGAAGAAGACAGCAGACGACAAGAAGARGUUAAACGACAAGAGGAUAUACGAAGACGAGAAGAAGAAUCGAGACUUCAGGAUGAGCUCCGACGAAAAACCGAAGAUAACCGACGACAGGACGAAGUCCGAAGACGCGUCGAAGAAACAGCGAGGCAACAAGAAAAAGCACGAGAGGAGGAAAGGCGGCGUCGUGAAGAGGAACAAAUCAAACGAGUUACUCAGAGCGUAGUGUCGAGCGCCCCUCCCCCUGCAAAAAAACCUCCCCCACCCGUCCCCCCUAAGCCAUCUAAAGCUAAAGUCCAACAAGCCAGAGAAGAACGACUAGGGUACUCUACCCUACCCCCGUUUUAUGAACAUUUUAUAUACAAAAAAUGGCAAAAUCUUAAUACGCGAUAACAUUUUUUAAAAUGCAUUAAUAUUAAUAAGUAGAUAUGCCAAAUAUAUUUUAGUUUUAAUCCAUCGAGAGGAGAAUCUGCGGAAUGGCUUUUCAUUUCGAGAAUGGAGACGCAGAUUUAAGAAMGUCCUCGAGAUUUUUACAUUCCAGUCGUUUCCAUUGCAAAAAUUGAACUCYCCAUGGAGCUUAGAUUAGCUUAUUUUCCGUUAUCUCGAAGGGGAUGAUAAUUAGCUACGACUUUGAUAGCCAUGUUGGUUAAUGUGGUUUGGAAUGAGCUUGAAAAAUUAGCUAAUACGACUAAAUAGGGAUAUAUAGUUUAAAGGAACGAAAGAAUUUGUGGAAAUUAUUACAUUGUACUAAUUUCUCAUGUAAUUUGAGUGUGUAUUACAAGUUUGACCAUUGUUUAAUUAAAUCCAAUUUUAUCAAACAUGGCAUCGAUUAUGAUAUCAAAUUGGUCGAUAUUAGUCGAGUUAUAAGCCAGUGAAUAGAGCACUUUUGUAAAUGAUAACUGUAAAUAAGAUAACAGUUUUGUUCAUUUAAUAAAACUGUUUUCGGUUAACAAGGUUCUCUCAAUCGUAGGGACACCAUUCCUAAAACAGCCAGCAUAAUAGAUAGAUAUUGUAGAAGCGAAAACAUACCUUAAAGGGYCAUUGUUAACCGGCAUUAAAUGCGGUUGUCUUUCAGAUUUGACAAUUAUGUAAAAUGAUAUGAAUUCAGUCAUCAUUCGCAAUCCGUUUCCAUCGUUUGRAYUGAAGCCCAAAUUUUACAAUAYGAACAUCCAUAGARAAUAACAGCUCGAAAGGGAUGCCGGUUGAUCAUGAACCUUUAUUUUUCUUUCAAUUGCAAUAUUUACCAAGUAAACAUAUCCAUAGAAUCACUUAUAUAUUUGUAAUUACUCGAAGUUGUAUUUUUAAGUCAGGAGCAGUGCACUGUGAAUGUGCUUUUGGUAGGAAGAAAUGCAGUCAACUAUUUUACAAUGUACCAGUCCACGCGCGAUGUGUGCGACACGAUGUGUGGGACUGGUGAUGAAUUUUCAAUUCGUAGUAAUUUUAGCAUUGUUGUAAUACUGAGAUAUGUGUUUAAUAAAGUGUUUGAUAAGUAACUUGA